AUGAUCCCGCGAUUCGACCUCGAACUGCUCCAAUUUAUCGAGACCCACCAGGUCAACAACAUCCUGAGGGUUCCUCCGGUGAUCCUCGUGAUGGUGAAGUACACGACCGCGUUGGGUUGUGAUCUGAGCUCGUUGCGACGGGUGGGGAGAGGAGCGGCGCCGUUGAGCAUGGAAUUGGAGGAGGAGUUCCGGCGGCAGUUCCCGUGGGUGGGAUUGCAGGCAGGAUACAGGCUGACGGAGAGCUGCGGUGCCACAAUGAUGUUCGAGUGCGGCGACGACGCCAAGCGGCUGCCGGACAGGUGCAGAGGGCUUUUGCCGAGCUUCGGUGCUAAAAUCAUCGACGCGGAAACAGGCUAG